AUGGCGCCACCUGGACGCCGGAAGGUGUCUUCAUCUUCAUGUUCCGUAACCCUCCUACCCCUAUUGUUCCUCCUGUUUCUCGCCACAAGCGCCCAAGCAGCGUCCGCGGUGCUCGGGAUCGACUUGGGCACCGAAUACCUCAAAGCGGCGAUCGCGAAGCCCGGCAACCCGAUCGAAAUCGUACUGUCGAAGGACUCGAAACGAAAAGAAGCCGCGACACUUGCGUUCAAGCCGUCACGGGCUGCGGCCCACGAUGCGGAGGCGUUUCCGGAACGUCUGUACGGCGGAGACGCCGUGGCUUUGUCGGCUCGGUUUCCAACGGACGUCUAUCCGAAUCUGAAGCCACUUUUGGGGGUGGACGUCUCCUCGGACGCCGUCAAGACAUACGCUGCUCGAUACCCGGGCCUGAACAUCGAAUCGGUGUCGAGACCAGAUGAGGCGGGGACGGUGGGAUUCAAGAGCCAGAGUUUCGGCAAGAAUACGAAAAAUAAUGACGUGUUUAUGGUCGAGGAGUUGUUGGCGAUGGAGUUGAAGAAUCUCCGCAACAAUGCUGAGGCCAUGGUGCCCAAGGGGACGCAUGUCACGGAUGUGGUCAUCACGUAUCCUCCGUUCUAUACCGCCGAGGAGAAGAGAGCACUCGAGUUGGCGGCAGACCUGGCUGGUUUGCGGGUGCUUGGUCUGAUCAGUGACGGGCUCGCCGUGGGUGUCAAUUAUGCGACUCAUCGCACUUUUGACAGCGUCUCUGACGGCGGGAAGCCGGAGUACCAUCUUGUCUACGAUAUGGGGGCGGGCUCGACUACGGCGACCGUCCUGAAAUUCCAGGGAAAGACGGUCAAGGGGCCCGGCAAGCGCAACCAGACGAUACAAGAGGUGAUUGUCCUUGGAACCGGGUUUGAUGCCACGCUCGGAGGAGAUUCGCUGAACGAUGUCGUUGUGGAAGACAUCCUCAACCACUUCCUGGAAGAUCCCAAGGUCAAGAAACUCGGAGUGGAGAAAUCUCAGGUCCGAGCACAUGGAAAGACGAUGGCUAGGAUCUGGAAAGAGGCCGAGCGCUUACGACAGCUCUUGAGUGCGAACGCGGCCUCGGGGGCAACGUUCGAAGGGCUCUACGAUGACGAUACAAACUUCAAGUACAGUCUCACACGAGACAAGUUCGAAGAGCUUGCGGCCGGCCAUGCCGCCCGUGUUGGAGAACCGCUCUCUACCGCCCUUCAGUCUGCUGGUCUUCAGCUUGCUGAUAUUGAUUCAGUUAUUCUGCAUGGUGGUGCAGUCCGGACGCCAUUCGUGCAUAAGCAGCUUGAGAAAGUGGCCGGUGGGUCGGGCAAACUGAAGGCCAACGUCAACGCUGAUGAAGCCGCGGUUAUGGGGGCUGCGUUCAAGGCCGCAUCUCUCAGUCCAAGUUUCAGGGUCAAGGAAAUCCGUGACACUGAUAUCUCGGGGUAUCCAUUCAACCUGAAAUGGGCCACCGAGGGCAAAGAGAAAGUCCAGAAGCUGUUCACGCCCUCUUCCCAAGUGGGAAAUCAGAAGCAGGUACCUAUCAAGAUGCUGGAGGAUGCUAAGCUUGAGUUCCUUCAGACCGUGCAUGAGAAGGACUUCCCUAUUUUAGAGGUUGAUGCCUUCAAUGUGACCAAGUCCGUGGCCGAGCUGAAAGACAAACAUGGAUGCGGCGCAGCUAAUAUCAGCACCGUCGUCAACGUACGACUGAGCCCCUUGGAUGCAUUGCCAGAGGUGGUGUCUGGGUCUGUCAGUUGCGAGACUGGUAACAGCAAAGCAGGAGGCGUAAUGGACAACGUUAAGGGAUUGUUUGGGUUCGGAGGGAAGAAGGACGAAGACCAGAAAGUAUUGGAAGAAGGUGAUCCGGUCGACGAGGGCUCGACUUCGGCAACUCCCUUGCCUGUUUCCGAUCCCACCAGUUCGGGAUCGACCAUGUCAUCGGCUUCGCCCACGCCUGAGUCAUCCUCUUCCUCAUCUUCGUCGACGACCAUUGACCCUGCGAAGUCUGCAAAGUCUGCAAAGUCUGCACCAUCAGUCGUGUCAAUUCCAUUGGCCUUCAAGUCGAAGUCCUUGGGACGCAACGUUCCUCCGUCCAAAGUACUUCCCCGGAUACGGCAAAGAUUGACACAAUUUGACACCUCGGACCGCAAUGCCGCUCUUCGUGCUGAGGCGCUGAACACCUUGGAAGCUUUCACAUAUCGGGCACGUGAUUACCUUGAAGACGAAGGGUUUAUUGCGGCCUCGAGUGAGAGCGCACGAGAGGAGCUCGAAAAGCAACUCGGCGACAUCUCUGAGUGGCUGGACGAGAAUGGGUCAGAUGCCACACUUGAGGCGUUCCAGGAGAAACUGAAGAACCUUCGUAAGCUGGUAGAGCCAGUGUUGAAGCGGCGGGAUGAGGCUGCCAAACGGCCCGACGCAGUGAAAGCACUGCAGGAUAGAUUGGAAAAUCUCAAUGGCAUGAUCAAAAUGGUCCAAGGGAAUAUUGAGAAGGCGGCCGAGAGCGUGGCUGCCUCCGCAAGCUCUGCAGCCUCGUCUGUGGCGUCGAGCGUGACGGCCAGCACGGCUUCAUCUGUGUCGGAGGGGGACGAGCUGGAUGAAGACCCCUACACCAGCACAUCUGCAACGGCAGCCACCGAGACCGAUGAUGCCCCACAGUUCAAACCAUAUGAAUACACGAGAGACGAUUUGUCGGCGCUGACGACGAAAUACGAAAGCGUGAAGGCGUGGCUUGAGCAGAAAUUGGCACUCCAAGACAAAAUUCAAGCCUACGAGGAUCCAGCUGUCCUGGUCUCAGAUUUGGAGACCCGAGGUCAAGAGCUGCAGAAAGUGGUGUCAGAGACCCUCAUGAAAUCAAUCAAGGCGCAAGAGCUGCCUCGGAAAGCCAAAGGCAGCAAGAAAGCGAAGGCGAAAGCCGGCAAGACCAAAUCCUCAGCGUCAAGCUCGACGGCAAGCAGCGCAGGGUCGAGCAGUACUCCUUCGUCAAAGACAACGACAACAACGGCGACUAAGCCAAAUGUGAAGGACGAGCUGUAG